CGCUGUACUCGCCAGUAAGACUCACUUUCAUAACGCAGCGCACGCUUUCUGUCUGGAAACUUUCAAAAAGGAUUCGUUAUAAACUCAUCACCUUCAUGUCGGCACUGCUGAAUAUUUCCUCACCGAUGCUAUGGUUACCUUUAUUACGAUCUUACAGGUGAAUCUAGUGAUGUCCAUCUUGCUGUACGUGAUGUUCCUCACGUACCUCUAUGGUAUCUCAGUUUCUACGAUGGACAAGAAGCGCCCCACGCAGGACCCCAUCAACAUGCUCAUCAUAAAGCUCCUGCAGGCCGACAUCAGCCGCAGUCGUCAGAAGCAGGACGACGCUCUUUCUUACACCACCAUAAAGACACCUGCAGUGGCUGACUAUAGGGAGAAAGUUAGUGACCAGCCUGUAACAGACAUCUCGAUUGAGCUUCUGCGUCAGCACAAACAUUACAACUCGCCUCGUGUGCUCCUCAGCGACCGACCUCCGCUGCAGCCGCCACCGCUCUACCUCAUGGACGACUUUGUCAGCAACCAGGAUGGCAGGGGCACCAACAAGACGCGGCAGAAACGCAACACUGAGCACAAGAGCUACAGAGCUGAGUAUUCUGUGUGCGAAAAUAUCAGCCUGUGGGUGAACAAGACCACGGCUGUGGAUGAUCAUGGACAAGUGGUGACGAUUUUGAGGUCCUUCAAUGCGGGACGCAGAAUUAUCCAGCAGUACUUUUAUGAGACAAGAUGUGACACAACCAAGUCCAAAAAGGGCAGCUGUCAAGGUAUUGACAAAAAGCACUGGAACUCGCAGUGCAAAACCUCGCAGUCUUAUGUGCGUGCUCUCACUCAGUAUAAAUCAUCUGUGGGAUGGCGCUGGAUACGAAUAGACACCUCGUGCCUCUGCGCGAUCUCACGCAAACACCGUAGGACAUGAAAAACACUGCAGCGACUUCUCUGCUAUCUUACUUAUGUUCCCUGGGGGGGCUGUAAAUAUAUAAAUAUAAAUUAUUAUUUAAGUUAUAUGGAAUGCAUAUAGUUUAUACAUGUCUAUGUAUAAUGUAUAAAUAUACUUGUUGUUUGUUGUUAUUGUUAUAUAUCUUAAAAAAAAAAAAACUUACAGUAACUUGCAAUGCCGCUAAGCUACAGGAGUAUUGCAUGCUGAAUUGUGCCUUGCUCAAAUAUCAGAGUUAGAGGACAUGUCACUCCACUAGACCUGGACCUUGGGAACAGUUGCAAUGGAAAACUCAUAUCACUCAAUAUCAUAUUAACUUCAGUAUUGUUCAUGAAAACUAGUUUUUCUACUGAAACAGGUUUCCAGUAUAUCCUCUUUGGGAAUGAGAAAACAAAUCACCAUUGUUGUUGUAUAUUGUAUGGAAAUGUGUAAACAUACAGUGUAUCAAAACUGCAUGAAAUACCUAAGAAAUACAUAUUUUUCUAAGCACUCCUAUUAGUGUUUUAUAGGUGCAGAGAAUCAAUUCUAGCAGAACAUAAGAAAUUGCUUUUAGCGCAUUCCAACAUAGCCGCAAUAAAGUGGGAACGAAAGCAGCCAAGUAUUACCUUUUAAGGGACCAAUGAUGAAUUUGUUUUGCUCACCGUAGCUUUGUAGCCGUGAGGAAGCUCCUCAACAAAUACAGGAGCAAAGAUCCUCCCACUAACCACACACUUCUCUGGCACCCCUCCCAGCCCUCCAGAAACCACCAGAAAUAAGCUUACUGCACUUUUAACCUCUUUUUGAUCACCUGCUAUGAUCAGUAGCAACAUCUCCACCUUAAAGAGCGUAGCCAGCACACGCAAUAACAGCAUGUAAGCAAUGGGCCGUUGCUAAUGACACUGUAGUCUUACCCAGAGGUAAAGCUGCCUUAAGACCAUGUACAUACAUGCAGAGCUGGGAUUUGAACACAUAAUCUCCCCCUUAAGAGGGUUUCGCUCUUGUCAGACUCAUCUUAGGAGAUGAGCAUUUCACCGGUGCGCUGUGGCUAAAAAAGGCCUGCCAUGUUUUCCCCCUGUACAUUUAUAUAAAGAGACUUGCUCAAUUGCUAGUCAGGAAGGUAAAGAGAUUUCAGUAAGAUUUGCGAUACACGAUGACUUUACAAAACAUGUCAUUCUCUUCAACAAAUGAAUGUUUUGUACUUUACAAUAAAUAUGUUAUACCCAAGACGACAUGUUUGUCAGCAAAGCAUAUAAGAAGCAUAUAGACAGCAAUCGAGCUCAUUUGAAG